UGGCAACCCAGCAGAACUGUGUAGACGUUCUGCCCAGUGGAGCUAAGAAAACCUGUUGGCCGAACCGAGCUGGGUAGAUCUGCUGGUCCAGUGUAGUGAGGUAGACCUGACAUUCUGGCAGCACAAGGAAGAAAUGGUGCCCCGUGGAGCCAGGUUGCCCUGUUUGCUCGGCAGAAUGGGCUAGACAUGACAACGCAGUGGAGCCGGGAAGACUGGCCACCUGGAGAAGUGGGGUAGACCUGAGGGCCCAGCAUAGGAAUGGGAGAGUUCCCACCUGCCCCAGGCUACAACAGCAGCCUGUGCCAGCCCUUUUUUUAUGCAGUGUCAUUGCCAGAAGGCUCCUAGCCACAUUGUCCCAAAUCCCGAGAAGAUCCUGGCUGCCCUGUCCCAGCCUCUCACCAUCUCCACAGCAGUUAAGGCCCCCAGAAUAAGAGCGGCUCCCAGCCUCUUCACACUGCCUUUUUUUACCCCCAUCCCAGAGACAGAGGGUGUCCCCCGACCUUGUCCCAUCUUUUUGUUGUCUUCCCAGCAUUUGAGAUCCCAUCCCCUUGUUACCCCAGGGUGCCAUGGAGCAAGUGGCAGAGGGUCUGCAUCAUGGCUUUAUGGAGCCCCUUGAGUGCUCUGGGCCCCAAUUAGGAUGGAGGACAGUUCUUGUACCGGUGCCCAAUUCUCCCCAAGCCUCAGAAGGCAGGGGACAAAGCCAGAAGGUCCAUGCCCCCAUGAAGGCCCAGGGCUGUGGUAGCCCCUAAGCCCCAUCUCUCUGGUCGUGUGUCAGGGGUUCAUACAUGGCAGUGCACAUAUGGCUGUGAGCUGCUGGAGGACAGCAACAUCAGUGGGUUUUAUUGGAAUGCAUACGAUAGGAAGGAAUUCCUCACCCUUGACAUGGCCAUGAUGAUGUUCAUUGCAUGGGGGACAGUGGCAGAAAUCUCCAAGAAGCUUUGGGAGGACAGGACUGAAGCUGAGCUGUGGAAGGACUUCCUGGAGAACACCUGCAUCAAGUGGCUGAGGAAAUACCUGAGGUACAGACAGGCCAUGCUGGAGAGAAAAGGUGAGGGUGAGGCAGGGACCCAGGGGGAGUGUCCAGUACAGGUGAAUGUGCUGACCCUCACUGCCACCAUCUCCCCAGAGACCCCUAGGGUUCGAGUGUCUGGGAAGGAGUCCCAGAGUAUUCUGACUUUGUGCUGCCACGUUUACAGCUUCUACCCACGCCCUAUCACCGUCAGCUGGCUGAAGGACAGUGAGGUGAGGGACCAGGACACUGUGUGGAGCAGCAUCACACCCAAUAGUGAUGGCACCUACUACACCUUGGCCUACAUCAACAUUUGCCUGGAGAAGAAGGAUGGGUAAAGGAGCACACCAGCCAGGCAAAGCCCAGUCUCUUUACGUAGGGUGAGCAUUGUGGCAUUGAGAGUAGGGAGCAGUGAGCUGGGGUGGUUCCUUUCCCCUCCUCAUGGCCCUGUUCACCCUAGAGAUGGAGUCCACUUUGGUCACCACCGUGCUGGCUAUGGCUGCUACUAUCCUGAGUCGGGAAGCAGGUCUGGUUCCAGCCACUCACUACAGCUGGGGGAGACUCAAGGCUCUGGCUUGUGGCCACUGCCAUAAUUUCCCUUUCUCGUUCCCCGUUCUCCCCUUGCUCCCCUUUCUCAAGCCCCAUAGUGGGGCCAUAGAGAAGAGGUGGAGUCUCCCUGUGAUACUAGCAGCAUCAUCCUCCUCUCCCAGAGGCUGCAGUGUGGCCAUGUCUCCUGGGCUGGCUCCUGGCAUGAACACUGGUGCCCAUAGCAAGCCCAGGGCUGACAGCCCAUGACUGUUUCUCUCUGGCAGGCAUGGACAGGGGGUCUGACAGCUGGAGCACAACUGUAUUGUGGGCCUAGCAGGGAUGGAUGGGGUGGCCCCAGGUCUCUGUGCUCCCCUUGUAGCUGGAGCAACAACACACUGUGGGAGGGGGGCAGUGAGACCCCAGGAGCAGACAGUUGGGGACAGGGAGGAGGCCUUGAGUGGCACUGUCUCUUCCUCCUGUUCCUGCAGGGAGCACUAUCCCAGCACUUGGUGAGGGGCUGGCCCAUGGCAGGAUGUGUCCGCUAAGUGACAGAGCUUGAUAAACAGGCCUCAAACAAAAUAAGUACCCCAUGGAUGAUUCAUGUUGCACUGCUGUGUGUGCUGUUUAAUCUAUAACUCCUCACAUUGCUGUGAUCAGUAGAGUUGUGCUGUUCCAAUUUUUAACACAUAGAGUGUGAGAAAAUGCAUCAUAGUUGCAUUAUCAGUAGAAUUGGGCUGUGCCACCUAAUUGUAGAUUCUCCAGCCUACACAGGAGAGAAAAGGACUAUCAACCCCCUGGCUGACCAAUCAGCAGGAACAUGAGUGCUGUGUGAAAGAACUACACAGGAAUGCUGCACCUCAACAGCCCCUUUAGUUUCAAGUAAGGAGAUCUCCUUAUCUCCUCUCUUGGGGCCUUGGCCGGAUUCCAGGAAGGAGAGGGCAAUGAGCAUCUGAGAUAGAUAUGCUGCAUUUUUUGAUUUAUCUAAGUUGUUUAUUUAGCAAUGAGAAAAAUAGAGGGGAGAUCCACCUCAGGUCAUCAUCGUUCAUGGAGGAAAAGAAUUUGGAUCCACCAGUCUUAACGAGGGAGCCAAAGCAUGGUGUAAAAAUCCAAAUGGCCCUCCUGAACCAGCUGGAGUAAUGGCCACAAGAAAAGACAAUACAGUUUUAAUCAAGGUGCCUUAUGUCCUAUGAGAUAUCACUGUUAAAGGGAAUUUGGACAUUAAUAACUAUUUGAUAUCGUUAGGAAAGAGUCUCCAGGAACUGCAGACAUUCAUGACAGUUAACAAAUCCCUAGAGUUUGAUACACUAGCACAUCUGUUCCAGUCUGGAGAUUGGGUGUAGAUCAAGUCCUGGGGCUUGGAACAAUUAAUUCUCUCCUAGGUGGAAAAGACCAUACCAGGUGCUUUUAACUACAGCCGUGAAGCUGGCUGUGUACAAGCCUGGAUUCAUCAUUCAUGGAUUAAGGAGGUUCGACCUUCUUCGACCUUCAUCAACCACAGAAAAAUGAUCCCCAACUGCUCACUACAUGGGAAUUAAGCAUGUACCAAAGCCUGAGUGGAAAAUCCAGUGGAACUCAGGGAACCCAGUAAAGAUAAGGAUUCAAAGAAUUAGGUCACAAUGAGUUUUGAAAUUACUGUUAUUACAAUGAUAACUGUCGGUAAAAAUUUGUAUUGGAAAAACAACAGCAUAUUUGAAUUGAAUUACAGCCUGCCUCCCCAUGCCACAUCCCACCUGAGACCCCGUAC